GAUUUAAAUGAUAAUAUACCGCAAUUUAUGGAAUCAAUUACAUCUUGUAAGUUGUUUAAAAAUGCAGUGAAAGGACAAUUUGUAACGAUGAUAAAAGCACAUGACUUAGAUCUUAGUAAUGAAAGCCUUUUCUACAAAAUAUUAGACGGAAACAACUUACAAAACUAUGAUAUAAACAACAAGUCUGGCAUUAUAAGAAUAAAUAGCCUUCAUAGGUAUUCUCAAAACUAUCAAACAGCUCUGAAUGUAUCUGUUUCAGACGGCAUCCACACUUCAUAUUCAAGAGUUGAUAUUGUUAUCUACGAUGAAAAUUCAGAAGAGCCCUAUUGUGAAAAACUUGUAUAUGAAAUAAAUGUCAUGGAAAAUCAAAAUCCUGGAAUUAAUAUUUUAAAGAUAACAGCGGUGGAUCCGGAUUGUCCAAAACAUCCAAAAUUAUCAUUUAAAAUUUUAUCGAGAGAAAUGAAUGAAAUCUUUAAUAUAUCAAAAAGUAGUGGUUCAAUAAGUACUAAUUAUAUGUUUAAUCGAGAGGAAAGGAUGUAUUAUGAUUUUUUUGUCGAAGUUAGCGAUGUUGGGAGAAAAUCUGGCUUUUGUUUAGUGAAAGUAACAGUUGAUGACGAAAAUGACAAUUCACCGAUUUUUUCUGCCCUAGAGUACAAAGCAUCGGUCAAAAUGAAUACUCCUUCAAACACUACAUUAUUCAGGGUGAGUACACGUACUUAA